AUGACACGGGCUCGAAAAGAGAGCGCUUUCCACCUAGCGUUGUUAGUGCUAGUACAGUGGAUCAGUUUAGCUGUUGUCAUUUUAAAUGCAACAGCGUUGUACUUGCUUCGAUCUGCGAAACACUCAGGGCUGGUCAAUGUCUAUUCCAGUCCAGCAGAUUACAUGUUGUUGAUAUUAGGCUCUUUGUCAUUUGUCGGUUCAACCGUCUACUUGUUUCUACAUUUCCAUCUGUACUUUCGAAUCAUCGAUGAGUAUCCAUUUACACCUUCAAAGUCAAUGUCGGCAGUCGAGGUAAUGAUGGCUGUCAUCUUGAUUGCAUUAUGGACAGUAGCGACUUCUGUCAUCUUGACGCACUCACAAGAAGCGACGUCUCCAUGUAGAUUUACCAGCUCGUUCUAUACACACAAUCAUAGUGAUAUCUGCGAAUUGUUUGACACAACCCUGAUGUUAGCAUUCGCAGCUGUUGGUGGAUGGGUUCUCGUCUUGCUAGCCACUUUGUUUAUUUUAAUACGCUCUCCUAUUCCACCUACGACUAUAUUCACAAUAGAGGCACCACCACAACGAUUCUCGCAACCGAUGGUAGUGUCACUUCCCGAUGAAGCCUAUUGCCAUUCAGGGCAUCCACCAAGUAGGCCUUACUACAUGGGUCAUUACAAUAAUAACAACAAGAUAAGACCAGUAAGCGAAGAUAUGGAUGCAGAGCAGCAAAUCAUUCUAGCUACAAACAACUCGUCCCAGCGCAACAAACGCAAAAGUAUGAUGACCUCUAGUAAUAGUGCAAGUUCAGUACAUGCCUCCACAUCAAGAUUCGCCAUAGAGCAUGUGGUGCUGGAUGAUGCAGCGAACGAUGAUCUGGCGUCAGCGACUGCAUCUUCCAACAUUUACAGCCACUAUUACUCGUCCUACUACCAACCUCAACACAUACUGUUGUCCUCGCCAUCCAAUACCAAUUCAUCCGGUAUAAACAACGCGACAUCUGCGUCGUCUUACUACUCAUCCAGGUGUCAAAUACCUCAAGUAGAGAGUCAAAGAACAUUUCAAAGUCUAUCUACCAUAGAGUCCGCUUAUCGCAGUGGUUGUCAACCGAUUCAAUUUGAUUUACCAAUCAUUCAAGUGGGAAUGUUAUCCCAUAUCGAUGUCUCUUUUCUUCAAAAGAAAUCCUAA